GCACGCGAAUCCCCAUCUUGGUCUCUACCUCUCUCCAUCUCCAAUAGAAAUUUGCCCAAAAAAAAAAAGAAAGAAAGAAAAGAAAAACCAUUUAUUCUCCAACUUGCUGCAACCCACCACCUUUGAGCUUUGCCUCCAGUUUAUAAGGAGCUAGAAUAGAACUUGCUUCUCCAUAACAUCCUCUCUUGACUUCCAAGUCUUUUUCCCUUGCCCCCUUUUUGGUUUCAUCCCAUAAUAAUCCCAUUUCUUGCCUUUGUCUUUUGGAGUAUUCCCUCGGAGAAUUCCAUCUAUAUAUACUUGUAACCAAGUCUCCUACUCUCUUCAGUCUGCAAUGGCAUCCAGUUCCAUGACAUCUUCGCGCAGCUCUUCUCAGUCCUGGACUGCAAAGCAGAACAAGCAAUUUGAGGAGGCCUUGGCUACCUAUGACAAGGACACUCCUGAUCGCUGGUAUAACAUCGCCAGGGCCGUGGGUGGAAAAUCAGAAGAGGAAGUCAGGAGGCACUAUGAGGUCCUUGUAAAGGACAUCAUGCAAAUAGAAUCAGACCAAGUUCCCUUGCCUAACUACAGGUCCAUGGCAAGCAAUGGCAGAGGAUAUGCUAACGAGCAGAGGCUUUUGAAGAAUCUAAAGCUACAGUAGAGUUCAAAACUUAGAGCAUAUCAAGGCACAGUGCAGUCAGAAAUGUGGUGUAAGAAAAAGCAGAUGCUUCAUUCAGAAAUCCUGAAUUUGUGUUGUGGUGUUUUUUGUCUUCUGUUCAGCUGUACUUACCAAGUGUUAACUAUAAAAUAGAUAGGUCCCAGGUGUGCAAAACAGAACUGCCAAUUGUGCAAAAGGCAUCAUGUGUAUUACUAUUAUCCAUCUACGUCUACGUUAAUGCAGUCUUGUUCUUCUUCUUCU